AUGAGAGGGCGAGGUGAAGGUUGUAUCAUCAACAUUGCGUCUCGUGCCGGCACGGUCACCCUGCCAUUUGCCGGAGCGUAUUCAAUCGCCAAGUGUGGCCUCAUUCGUGCUACUGCAUGUUGGCAAGCGGAAUUAGAGGUUGAUGGCUUUGGUGAUAAAAUUCACCUUUACGCGCUACAUCCGGGUGCCGUAAAAACCGACAUGGUCCUACCAAUUGAGGAUAAAGUCAAACGAAAAUAUCCUGAAAUCACAGCGAAGUGGGCUACGUUCCAAAAGGCAUUUAGGGUGAGGCCAGAAGUGUGUGGCCAGACUUGUGCGUAUCUGUCCACAGGUCGGGGGAAGGUAUUGCGAGGCAGAUAUUGGGACUGCGAACAGGACAUUGGACAUGUUGUAGCAGCCGGUGAAGAAGCCCUGCACGGUCUCUACGACCUGAAAGUCGACUUCCUGGGCGGUCUCCCGAACGACGGUGGCACGGCAGUAGCGACCAUGGAGCGCCAGUAG